CGCUCCCGGCGCUGUGUGGCUUGAGCUCGUGCUGAGAAGGGGAGGGGGGAGGACUCGUCGGCGGUUGCUCGUCUGCUUGGUGUGUGCUCGUAGCGAACGAUGGAGCUCUCCGCCGUCGGGGACCGGGUGUUUGCCGCGGAAUGUAUCCUCAAACGCCGCGUUCGCAAGGGGCGCAUCGAGUAUCUGGUCAAAUGGAAAGGAUGGGCAAUAAAGUACAGUACAUGGGAGCCCGAGGAGAACAUCCUGGACAGUCGGCUGAUCGCGGCCUUCGAGCAAAAAGAGAGAGAGAGGGAACUUUAUGGGCCAAAGAAGAGAGGACCAAAACCCAAAACCUUCCUUCUCAAGGCAAGAGCUCAGGCAGCUGAGACCACUACACGAGUCCCAGAGCUUCGACAAUACCAGCCUGCAGCCUCUUCUUCCUCCAGAGCUUCAUCUUCCUCGGCAUCCCCAGCGUCUUCCUCACACUCCGUCUACCCGUCUUCAUCGUCCUCCUCAGCACCCACUGCGAAGCUCCAGUCAGGGGCGGCUCAUCACAAAUUGAAGAAGGAUAUCCACCGGUGCCACCGUAUGUCUCGGCGCCCCUUGCCCCGCCCUGAUCCGCUGGCCCCACCCCAAGGCUCUUCUGGCUCCUCCUUCUCUUCGCGGCCCCCCAUCUCCCCUUUCUCGGAGACCGUUCGCAUUUUGAAUCGCAAGGUGAAGCCACGUGAGGUCAAGCGUGGCCGCAUCAUACUGAAUUUGAAAGUGAUUGACAAGCCGGGGAGCAGCAGUGCUGGUGCAACCAGCAGACGGACUGCCAUAUCUCACCAGCAGGAUUCUGCACACAGUACCCACCCAGGACGCUCCAGAAUUCCUUCCCGAAAUCGCAUCAUUGGGAAGAGCAAGAGGUUCGGUGAAGUGCCUUACAGAGGUCUUCAGUCCCCUUUGAAAAUGCCGGGGUUCCCUAUGUAUGGAAAGCCUUUUGGGAUCCAGCAGAGCGGUUCUGGUCCUGGCCCAGCGCAGACUGGCCCCGGACACUACGCUACGGGGACCAGUGGGAGCAGUGCCGCCAAAGGAACCAGCAGUGGUGCUCCUUCCUCUCUUACUUCCGCUCAGGCGUAUCCUGACAGGCCAACAGGACAGCCCCAAGUUCUGCCGAGGUACCAGCCGCUGCCUUCGCCUUCCAGCUCUUGUGGCUCAGACAGCAGCCCUUCAUCCCCUCCCCAGAUACAGCCCACCUCCCUCCAAGCCCAACCUGAACCCCCCUCUGCUUCUGCUGCUUCUCCAUCCCCUCCCAGCCUAAGUCCCGAACCCAUAGAACUGAAGCAGAAACAGGCCCCCACCCCUACAUCCUUUCUCCCAGCCCCUCCCUCCAUCUUCCUCUCCUCCUCCACCUCGUCUUCAGAAGACGAAGAGAUCCUGGAUCUGUCUGUGCCUCACGAGGGCAAGAGAAAUGCCAGGCGUCGGCACCACCCGCGCCGACGCCCAAGCAAGCACUCCCCAGCUUCAGCAGGCUCCGCCCCCUUGCCCUCGCGGAAUGCUAGAAGCAGCCCUCCGCUCCUGUCCCCUGAACACCCUGAGGCAGUCUCAGAAGGGGACCCUGACUGGCACCCGGAAAUGGCCCCUUGCUGUGCUAACGUGGUUGUGACAGAUGUGACCACCAACCUCCUCACUGUCACCAUCAAGGAGUUCUGUCGGCCACCAGAAUUUGACAAGCCUGCCUCUCCAUCGUCGUCAUCAUCAUCAUCAUCAUCAUCUGCUGCCCUUCCUCCUGUUACUCCCUCCUCACCAGCCUCAUCAACCCCCAAUCCUAAACUGCAACCCUCUUCCCCUCCGCCCGACCGCGCGCCGCACGUCGCCACCCUGAAGUUCCUCGUGGUCGUGCUGGCCGCCGGGAUGCUGGCCUUCCUCGGCGCGGUCAUCUGCAUCAUCGCCGCGGUCCAUCCCGGCUUCGCCAGCAGCGCCGCCGCCGCCGCGCCGCCCGACAACGACUCCCUGUCGCGGGACUCGCUGCUGCAGCCGCUGCCCGAGGGCUCCGUGGGCGCCGUGGGCGCCGUGGGCUCCGUGGGCUCCGUGGGCUCCGUGGCUCGCGCCGGUCCGCUCGGCGCUCUCCACGGUGCUGAAUCGGCCGGGGCGCUCGGCCUCGACGGGCUGAGCAGCGGGGGCGCCGCGCCUGUCAGCCGCCUCAUCUGCACCCCCGUCCCCGCGGGCGAGUGCAGCCCGAAGACGCUCCGCGCGCACGCCGCCGGCCAGCCGUCGCACGGGUCCGAGGAGCGGGACUCCCUCCGGGCCGCGGCCGAGGAGCUGCGGCACACGGUGCUGCGGCAGAAGGAGCAGAUCCUGUCGGAGCAGCGCAGCAUCCAGGAGCUCACGGCGAAGCUGUCCGAGUGCGAGGCGGGGCUCGGCCGGCGCAGCCUCCCGGAGCGGAGCGCGGGGCUCUGGGGCGGCGGAGCCCGCAAGCAGGGGGGCGCCAUGGCCGGCGAUCACAGCCCGGCGUCCCCCGGGCAGCUGGAGGAGCUGGAGCGGGCCGUCGUGCGGCUGAAGGACCGUAUCGAGAGGCUGGAGCUCGAGGCACAGUCCCCGGUCCAGAACCAGUCUGGAAUCGGAGAGAAGGGUCUGGGGGUUGUAUCCGGGACUGGCGGGGAUCCAGAGGGUGAGCUGGGUCAUCGGCAUGAGUUGGAGGAGGGGAUCGACACCCUGCAGCAGCGCAUCGCGGAGCUGGAGCAAGGUCUCUCGGAGCAGACCUACCCCGAGGGCUAUAAGCUCUCCUUCCCCGUGCGCACCGACUACAUGUACGGGGUGGUGCGGCAUCCCAUCCCCGAGCUGUACGCCUUCACCACCUGCCUCUGGCUGCGGACCAAAGACGGGGGCAUCGGCACGCCCUUCUCGUACGCCGUCCCGGAUCAACCCAACGAGCUGGUGCUUCUGCGGGGUGUGCACAACCCUGUGGAGCUUCUGGUCAACGACAGGGUAGCACAGCUGCCCCUGUCCUUGAGACCGGGCAUCUGGGAGCACAUCUGUGUGUCCUGGAGCCUCCGGGAUGGGGUGUGGCAGGCCUUCCAGGGGGGACAGCUGAAGGGUGAGGGGGAGGGCCUUGCUGCUUGGCACCCCAUUUCACCGGGAGGGGUCCUCGUCUUGGGGCAGGAGCAGGACGCAAUGGGCGGGCGCUUUGACGCCUCCCAGGCGCUGGUCGGGGAGCUGUCCCAGUUUAACCUUUGGGACCGCGUGCUGUCGCCCGCCGAGAUCGCCGGCCUGGCCGACUGCAGCGCGGCCUUUCUGGGCAACGUGGUGCCCUGGACCGACCGGGGCGUCGGGGUCUUCGGCGGGGCUGCCAAGGAGUCCCCGGAGGCCUGCAGAGAGCCAGCCGGCGCCCGGAAGUGAAGCAGCGGACAAGGGCGGGAAAGGAGGCACGGCGUGAAGGACCUCCCGAGACCGAGGUUGAACCGCUGCGAAAGCAGCCGGUGAAAGUUUGUCUGUUACAGCGUAAGUUACCAGGAAUUGUUAAUUGUUCGAAAGGAAUAAAACAAACCUGUUGCCAGUCACUGAAAACUGGACAAAGAAAUCUCAGCGCCAGUAAAAUUCCCCGACCGGGGUCGAUUUAUCGUAUUUCGCAAGUAUUCGGAAAGACGGACUGAGCUCGGAGUCGGCGGCGUCCGGAGCAGAGCGGAACAUCGCGCGUCCCGUGAGGAGCGCGGCUUUUCGAGAGGAAGCUCGUCACAAGUCGCCCUUUUCACGCGUACGGCCUUCGGAGGAGCGCGGGAGGUGCGUGAGCCACGGAUUCACGAGAACUGUAUAACAUUCCGGAAUUUUCUAUAUAUGUCACAUUUAUUUGUAUGUGCGCGGUACACCAGUUCUUUCUGGAACUUACACGGUUUUUAAACCCCGUUGUAGCUAUACGCAAAGAGCAUCGAUUGUACAUUUCCCUACCCCGAAUCCCGAACGACACCCUUUAUCCUACGAAAAUUCUGCUUCCCGCUCUAAAUUUUUUUUUCCCUGCCCUUGGGCCAGGACGGAGGAACCGCAGCAUUUGCUCAGACUUAGCAUCACCAGACCGGUGGCGGAAAAUCGAUAACCAAAGAAGCGCGCUGCGGGGAAAGGACGGUGUCGGAUUUUAAUUACGUCGCUUAGAGGUCAGGGUGCCGACUGCUGGGACGAAAGAGAACUCGAGGAAAGAUGUGAACGCAGUCCUCGAGGCAGCAGGGCAGCUGGGGUCAUUUGAGGUCAGCUUUAGGAAGGAGCAGUGUUGUGUUCGGAAAGUGCCUCUUUGGGUGGUCGUACCCACGAUCUCUUCCUCCUCCUCCUCCUACUCACUCAGUACUCGGUACUCGGAUAAUGUGCUGUACUGUUGGUGUUGUGCCUGUGAUGGCUUGAUCCCGUCUGCAUUUUCCCCGUUCCGCUGUGGUGCCGUGAAGCUGCUGUACGUGCUUUUGUUCCAGAACUUUCUGUGGUCACGUGUUUGUUUGUUGUCUUUUUUUUUUUAAACAGCCGUCUACUUUUUAAACUGUUCUGCCAUUAUCUACCCUUACGUGUUUCGAACUGCUGUGUCUACUGUCCCGCUUGCUCGUUUCUCAUAUUGGUGGUGUGAAAUUGUUUAAAAAAAAAAAAUCUGUUGAAUUUAUUUGACAUUUCAAUAAAAACAGUUUUCAGACUGAUUUUAUUGUUCUGGUUUUUAGUCAAAGUUUUGAAGUUUCCAGACUCACUUCACCCACGAUCUCUUAAGCUCAUGUAAGGUGUAAACAUUCA